AUUUUCAUUUGAAUUUCAAAUUGUUUAAAAUUAACAUAAGGCUAAAUUUCAAAAUUUUCUGCAAUUGGUUCCAAGUAGACGGAAUGAAUAGUCUUUGUAGUAGUAGAUCCCAUUAGAUAUCGGAUUGCACUGAUGAAACUUCUUCAAUUACCAAAACUAGAAUGGAAGCUAACUUCAUUGGUGUUGAAAGUUCCCCGCACUCCUUCAAAAAGAGGAUGCAUUCCAAAUCGAAUCCAUCCCGAGUUUCAGCUGGAGCAUUAGCAUCUGUCUUAAAUUCAGGCAACACUAUGAAAUCAGGCAGCACACUUUUAAAAAAGGAGGAAGCACCCCGUAAGGCAAAUACCGGUGUGGCUUCUGUGUCUGGUUAUGGUGCCCAUCUAGCAAAGAUUGUGUUAUCUACGUCCCAAGUCAAGAAGAGUUUACUGACUCGUAAACCUGCUGGUCUUAUCGUAUCCUCAAAUGUAAAGAGCGGGGCAAAAUCUAAGAUUGCCGAAGGUCGUAAAGUCAAAUUUUCGGCAAUCGUCCAUACGUUUCCGUCUAGUCAAAUCAACAAUAAAAAGUCUUUAAGCAUUGGGGCUGCUCUGCUGAAGAAGCGCAUUAACAAAUUUAAGAGAAAGCCGCCGAGUGGUGAGAAUUUGUGCAAAAGCAGCACUUUUCUCAAAAGAGACGUCGUGCAACAAAACGGUACAUCAGUAGAUGUUGAGCUAAACACCGAACGAAAACUAAAAGGGAAGAAAACGAAAACUUCCAUUACAGGUCAGAAAGUCAAUAAACCGCGUAUCAAGGUUGGCACAAGCGGUCGUCAACUCGUGUUACCAUCGAACCUUACAAGAUCUACGCCAACAAUAAAAGGCAAAAAACAAAUCACUCCCUCUGCGUUAAUAUAGCAAAACAUUUAAGAAGACAUUUAUCAUGGAUAAAACAACAAGUAACGAUGAAUCUGAUCAGUCGAAACGGAAGGGAAGCCGAAAGCGCCAAAUGAAUGAUUUAAGCAACCGCAGCGAUGAAAGUUCGACAGACACGGGUUUUUU